AUGUAACCCAGGUGAGCUUGGUGGUUCUGAUUUAAACGGUUACAAAAGUUUUAAAGCAUAUAGUUAUUAAAUAAUGGUUGGCUUAGUGCAAUUUUUAACAUGAAGUUGUUAUAACUCGAGGUCCAGUGUGUUCGGAGAAAUUUAAGGAGCUUAGAGUUUCAUAAAAACGGGAUAGUUAUUAUCCUACAGGUUGAUUUUUUUUAUUUUACUCUAGUAUGCUUACAAUAUUAUUUAUGGUUGCAGAAAAGAGCUUGUCAUAUUUGAACUCCUAAAGAAAGCUGCUCAUCUAGAACUAGAAUCACUCAUUGUCAGUGAUGUCUGUUCUAAAACAAAAUCUAUGGAAAUUGGUUGUUCAUCAAAAGACUUUUAGCAAUGACAAUGUUAUCAUUCAUAAAGAAUGCCCUGACUUGAAAGUUGGAGAUAUUAUCGAAGUAUAUCACCCAGAUGAACAUUAUAGCAGAUUAUUAGUGGAAAUACGCACUCUCAAUUCUGCUACGUCAACACAGCAAAAGGGUUCGGUUAGUAUUGAAACGUCCUUAGCAACUUCUUUUCAGUUACGACAAUUCAAUGAUGUCAUUGUCAACAAGGUUAACACAAAUGAUGUGACACUUGAUAUGUUAGAGCUUGUGUUUAAGGAUCACUUUGUUACACGCAGUGAUUGCUGGAGACUUCAUCAGUCAUUGAUUGGAUCGUGUGUUUAUUAUUGUAAUAAAGUUACAUUUGUUAAUAUGCGAGUGCACGUCAAUGAGAUGUGGAUGAAGGGUGACAAAGUUGCAUGCGGAGUCGUAGGUGAUUCAACAAAGAUUGUGUAUCGUUCCAAAAGUGCAAAAUUCCAUAUAUUUGUCCAAAUGAGUUCGGAAAUGUGGGAUUUUGAUUAUUUUGGUGACUUGUAUUUUGAGAAGGCCAUCAUGGGAUUUCUUCAAGAUUUGUUUAAUAAAUGGAAAGUGAAGGGGUUGGAUUGUAACCAUCAAGUUGUUAUUGUUUUGUUUUCACGAACAUACUAUGAUGUCAAUUCGAUUGAUGAAUUUUCAAAGGAAAUGCAGAGGGAAGUCUCCUGUAGUCGUGAUGGUCGAUUUUACCAAGAUUUUUACAAAAUUAUUCGCCAGUCAGAAAAACAAGAUAACUUGCAGAACGUCAUUCUUGAUCUUAAACGCUCGUUUCACGGUUACCCACAUUAUGUUGGUUGUCAACAACCUCUCACAGAUGACAGAAAGGAUAAAGUGAGUCCUAAAGGACUUGGAAGAAAUUCUAGAGCAUCCGAAGGAAAUUUAUUGGAAGCUAUAAAUCUAUCUCUCACUGUCUUUGAGAAACAUUACAUUGAUUGCAAUCUUGAGGAAACUAAUUGCACAACAUUAAUCAUCACACCAAGUACAGGUGUGUUUGAAGUUGAUGAAGAGUUGACCAUACUAACACGCAACAGACUGAUAGAAAAUGGUGUGGGUAUUGAUUUGGUCUGUCUGGCAGAGCGUCCACUUCAUGCAGUUCCACUAUUAAAGUUUUUUCCUUCAAAAGAUAGCCCUCAGCGGAUGACUAUGUACAAUGUACCACAAUGGAUUAACUUAAGUUAUUACUCAAAGACACAGGCAAGCACUUCUGUGUUUGUUCCUCGCAUGCAAGUACCACCUCAACCACCUCUAAAAGAAAUAUAUUUGCAAUGCAGUGCUGCUAAUAACAUUACCGAUGCUGAUUAUGAAGCUUUUGAUGCGAAUGUGUUUGACUAUUCCAAACCAAAGUCGAAAAGCCUUACACCGCAUUUAUCCACUCGUCAAACUACUUUACUAGAGUAUGCAAGUGUUCAAUCAUCUCCAGAAGUUUCAAAGAGUGUUAGUAAUCCAGUUUUGAAAAAGAUGUCACUCCAAGAAAAUGGUAAUAUCCAUCAGUUGAUUCGAAGCUUGAGUGAUGAUCCAGGGCGUAUGGCAAUUCAUGGCUCUUUUGAGGACCUAAAGUUCACAAUGGGAAGUGACAAAGAAGAUAAUUCAAAGUUGAGCUCUGAACAUUUACAAACACAAAUGUCCGAACAGUCGGUGGUGAAGAACUUAACACUGAAUCCUUUUAAACCACAAUCGAUGGCAGUUGCGAUAACCUUGUUCAAAUAUAGAUGGCUUCACCUCUUCCCAAUGGGGAUGAAAGGGAAAAAAAUGCAAUCUCAAACCAAAAGCUCAGUUCUUGAUGUUGUAGAUGCUCCCAGAAAAGCUUUCACAACAUCAGAAAGUGAUGUCGAUAGUCACGAAUCAGACAUUGGUGCAGUCAGCAAUAACAAUUCACUUAGUAAUGGCGUUGACAGUGUGUCAAGCAGUGUAUCAAAUGAAAAAGAGAACAUUAAAAGCAAAAGAAAACUGGCUGUGGAAGAAAUAGAUUGGAUAUCAAACGUGACUCAAGGUGUUGACUGGAAAUCUCUAUGCAUGCCUGCAUGUUUGCCUCUCACUUUAAAUUACUUUCCAGAUGAAACUAGUCUGAGAAGUGUUUAUUUUGAGUACCACUACACAAUGGUGAUUGAAGACCUUCCUGAUAUUGAACUGGAAAUCCAAAAAGAAGUUGGAAGAUUUGACCGAAGUUUUUUGCCUCCCGAUAAGAAAUUUUUAGAGAUGCUUUCACAAAGAAUUGCACAGGGCUUUCAAGUUGUUACUAAUCCUGACAUUGUUCGCAUCUUGAAGCUUGAAAAUAGUGCAUUGCAGUCCAUGAAAUUUGAUCCAAAGAAAGAUUAUGUUCUUAGUAUGGGGUUGACGAUACAUCACUUGAAAUUGGUUGACACAGAAGUGCAUGUGACUCGUUAUUCAUUGCAUGAACCUGUGACAGCUAAACCGUUCUUAUAUAGGUACAACGUUUGGCCACAUAAUUGUUUGCAAUAUUCAGUUGCUGCAACAGAAUUUCAAUACGAAGCUGCAGUUAAAUACAAUUGGAACAAUCUAGAUCGUUACAUUUGUGAAACCGAGAAAGAUUUUAGUCAACUAAAUGAACAUAUGAAAUAUUGGCGUACUCGAUUUUUGUUGUUACCAGUUCGAUCCACACCAUUUGCUCCACGAGAAGUUGAUGGUAUGUUGCAAAUAGAAGGAUUUCUUCGUUUUUUGGAAGGAAUGAACAAGAUAAAAAGAGGGACACAGAACAGACAGUUGUUCUUCAGUAGGGCAGCUACAGUUAGCAGAAAGGUUUCAACAGAUAAAAGCAAAUCGGAAAGAGUUUCGUCCAUUACACCAGAAAAAUCUGAUCGAAAAGAAUUACGUGUCAGCAAUGAUAAACGAACUUCUCCUAUGCCAAUUGACAACCAUGAUACAUCACGAGAUGCUGAUACCAGCUUGACUCGAACACCUUCCACACCAUUAUCCGGUGUUCCAGAUGACAUGCCACCCGAACACAGCUUGUCCAUCACUUCACCCUUACAAGAUAUCGUGCAAGCAAUGCUUAAUCCAAAAUAUGGUUUGUACUUCCUUCCCAAGCAAGAUAAUUUAUGCAACAAUACAUUUAUAUCAGCCGAAGCUGUAGCCUGGAUGAUCAAAAGCAUAGAUGGUUGCCAUGGCAAACACGAUGCUGUUAGUCUAGGACAGCGUUUGCUCCAAGGAAAGUUCAUCAUGCAUGCAUCGGAAAGUUUAUGGCAAAAUUUCAUUGAUGGAUUUUAUCUGUACUACAUCAAAGAAGAGAAGAAAGAUGAGGAUGUUGAGAAACGACGAUUUUGGUUUGCUCGUAAAACAGAAGAAGAACUACUCACAUCUUACAACAUCCAGUGGCUUGAGGUUGCUGUGUGGAGAGAUGAUAAUGAAGAUCAAACAGCCUGCUUCUUGUUGGACGAGCUACCGACACCUGAUUUCGUCUACGCAAAGAAUCAGAGAUAUCAAACAGCCAACAAAGAGAAGUCUGUCCCUCUAUUCAAAUCAAUGGAGUACAACUUGGACGCUGACAGCAAAAGUGCGCGCUCUGAAUGGUGUGUUAUCAGUUAUCAUGGUAACUAUCACCCAAACAAAUGUGCGUAUGCAAUUGAAAUGGAUUGGAUGGUUGCAACUGGUAGUAUCAUAGCUGAGUUGGUACAGAAAUGGUCACAUAAAGCCACAUCAUGUGGUGUCCACAUUGUACCUGCUCCCAUGUGUGCUUUUCCUGGUUCCAGUAUCCGAUGUAAUCGGAAUCCGUUUCGAAAAUCGCCAUUUAUUCAUUUGAAUGUUGAUAGUUUGUUAAAGGAAGGUCAAUUAAACUUAUUUGAAGAAUUUGAUCCUAAAACAUGGUCACGAAGGAUGUUUUUAUUUCAAGAAGCUAUACUUCAGAAGUUUGAUUUCUUACGAGACAUUCCGCAAACAGCGCCUGAGUCUCCCCUCCACCCAGGGGGUCGUGCCAGACACUAUCAAUACAUUCAUGCUUCCGGAAGCAUCUUAAUGAAAGUUAACGACGCAGUUUUCGGUAAAGAUUCGCUCAGUCCGACGUUUGACGAAAACGAUAUAAAAGAGUCGCCUUUUCGAAAAAAUCGUCGGCCGUCGAAGAAACCAUUCGAAGCACAAAAAAACCAGUUGCAUAUUGACGAAGAAUAUAAAGAUGUGCACGGUUUCUUCUGGGUGUAUAAUUAUGCGUUGUCGAAAAAAUGGCGGACAAAUGUAACAGGUGAUGUUGCUGCAGCGAAAAAGUACGUCGCCACUUUUUCAGAUUUUUGUGCCAACAGGGACGAUCAAUUACUUCAAUUUUGGAAUGAAGCACGAACUCACACUACGAGACAUCAUGGUAGCGAUACACCUGGAACACUUUGACACUGUCCUGUCUUUAUAUUCUGUUUUUUCAUUGCUCCUUUUUAGUAAAAACGAAAUGCAGGCAGCUUAUGAAAAUAAAUACAAAGCUUAGAAUAAUUGAAGAAUUUUGAUUGUCCCAUGUUAUCUACAGUUUUUCUAUCAACUAUGAUACUACCAUUCAUUGUGAAGAAAUAGUUUUUUAAAAGUAUCUGAAGUAGUCUGUGUAUAUACGUUGCCAAUUUGUGUAAAAAUUUAAAACUGCACCCUUUUAAGAUGAAUUAGGUUGUUUUGCCUGAUUUUGUUUUACAUGCACAUCUUCUUAUGACUAGUCACGUUUCAGUGAAUUCUUUUUAGAUGAUUUUAUCAGAUUGUAUAUUUGCUGUUUAUGUUUUUAUACUGAAUGUCAAUAAAAUAUUUUUUAGAAAUAAGAAAUAUGUCUCCACUCUUUCUUUUUUAAAUCCGUCAAAUAUAUCAUCUUUGCUAUUUUCGAUGAAUGCAUAGCAGCACUAAAUUCAUUGAAAAGACCAAGACUGAAAAUGUAGGAGUCAAUAAUUUGCGCAUGCUUAAAUUUAAAUGAUUAAUUUUCUGCACAAAAAGUGGAAUUAUUCGCGCAGGCUCAAAUUCGUUCUUGGUACGAUAACUAUAAAAAGAUACACUAUUUUUAUUUCUUUUGUUAAGCUGUCUACUGUUAUACUUCGUGGUAACCUGGGGAGGAAAAGGUGGGAGGGGAGGGGGGAAUGUUUAUUUCCAAAGUACUAUAAAAAGAGUCAAAAGUGUUUUAAAGUUGUAAUUUGACAUUUUUGAGUUGAUGUAUAUAUCUCGAUUUAUUUGAAGUUUUAAACAAGAUAGGUCCUGUCUCUUUCUCCAAUCUACCUUAUCUGUUUAAUGACUGUAAUACCAUUUUUUUAAAUAGUGCCACUCUGGCAAAUUGUAUAGCAAGCUUGAUAAUUUAACAUUGUGCAUAAAAUAAAGUUCAGUUGAGGAAUAUGUUGAUUGAGGUAGGUGAAGGUUCAGAGGUCUGGAUUGGCAUACGUGAAAGUGGGAAACGGGUCCGGAGGGACCCUACAGAAUAGCACCUAGGAUCCGAGAAGCAGGGCAAAUGUCUGUAUUAAGCUAUAUUAAGUUACCCACUUGUUAAAAACAAUAAAGGUGGUUAUUCAAGAAUAAGCGUAGGUAGUUUAAGCCUCGUUUUUAGGACAUUUUUUCGCGAAAAUGAGAUCUUUUACACAAGAUUUAAUUUAUACUUCUUCAGUUUCGUGAAAGAAUAUUCAGAAAAAAAAUCUUGACGUUUUCUUCAAUUUUUUUUAUAUUUAGUUAACGUUAUUUUAUAGAAUACAAAAACGUCCAUA